AAUACAGAAACCGCAGAAACAUCAACCGAAAAGGAGGAGCACCUGCCGGAGUCUACCUUUUUUUCUUCUCUCUCCCCUUGAGCUAUAACUAGUUACUGGUGUCCCCUGUACCUUGAACCGCAAAGUGGCCGGAAUGGAGGAUAGGAAGGGAAGCAAGUCUCACUUGGUUUUUGCGGUCGCAUCGGUGGUAGGGGCGAUCAGUUUUGUGGUGACGGCUCUCAGGGCAUUCACCCGAGUGAAGAUUGUGGGGGCCUGGGGAGCGGACGAUGGUAAUCCCUAAUAUUUCCGCCAGAGUAAAUGAUGUGAUGGCUGACGAUCCAACUUUGGCAUAUAACAGUCCUGAUUGUUAUCGCGCAGGUUUGUGCUUGCUCGCUUGACAUCCGGCAGCCUACGCCUGAGAAGGAGUGGUUACUAAUACAGUUUUGCGUGGACCAGUUCUUCGGGAUUACCUUUCUCGUCGCCAUCCUCGUCGGUAAAUUCACCUCUGCCCCGUCCUCUCCAUCAGAAAAUACCUAACUGCAUCACGAAAACUCUUGUAGGAGCCUCCAAUGGCGCGGGGUCCCAUAUAGAAACAGUAUCACCUGCUGAAUUCGUCACAUUUCUGAAGGUACUAGGUCCCCCAUCACCAUAUCGAGGUGUGCGGCCUAACCUCUCUGCAGGCAACUUGGGUCACCAGUGUCACUUACAACUGGCAAUCGAUAUUCUCUAAAAUCUCUGUCCUUACUUUCUAUAGGAGGGUGAUGGGCCAUCAUCACUGGUUCAAGUUGACGACAACUGCCAUGAUGGUGUUCGUUGUCCUGACACACGGCGCAACAGUAUUGAUUGUCCUCGCCCAUUGUCAGCCCGUUAGCUAUUUUUGGGAUAGGUCCAUUCCUGGUGGGCGUUGCUGGGACAUUACCAUUGUCUAUUACUUUAAUUCAGCGUCGAGUAUUUUCACUGAUGUGGUGGUGACCAUUUUACCCUUACCACUGAUGUUACGGCUGUGAGUGAUCUGGUAUGAGCACCCGGUAUUUUCUCCUGUUACUAACACGCAUACAGUGAGCUCCCAAAGCGACAAAAAUUUGGUCUUUGUGCGAUAUUUAGCCUUGGGGGCUUGUAGGUCCUCCGACAGCAUCCUCUUUCACGGAGAAGCUAACCUUGCGCUUUAGUGUAUGCGCCACUGGCGUUGUUCGUCUGAUUGAGCUUCCAAACCCCUUUGCUAGCAAAGACAUAACAUGUGCGUGCCUUCUUCUUCCGGCUUUCGCUCGAAUACAAAAGGAUGGCUGACUGCAUAUUUAGGGGAUACCGCGAGUACAAUGCUUUGGUACUAUGCCGAGGCUUCCUUCAUUAUAAUAGCAGCGUGCGCUCCCGCGCUCAAGCCCUUCUUCCGCCUUUACAUACCUGUUAUUAUCGGUAGUACUAAAGCUACUCAUAAGCACUCGCCCUCCUACCAGAUUGGACAAAGUUACGAUAUGCCGCGGUUCCAGAGAUCCGCUAACGCGACCACGGGGCCAAGGGCCAAAUAUGGCGAGGGGGAUAGUGAAGAACAUAUUAUUGGGGGGGAAUCGGGUAUUAUGAAAACCACCGACGUAGUAUUGACUGUCGAGCAACUUACACAUGUCGGGGGAAGUGGAGAACAGGGAAGAGAAACGCCUGAAUAAAGUUUCACGCAUUUGGGUGCGUGACUUUCCGGUAUCAUGACUCAUGAUCUUUUUCCCUUAUAUCCGGUAUUCUGUAUGGUGUGCGAGUGAGGGGUGUUGGCAGAUAUCCCUCCUUAGUCGGGUAGAUAUCAUUAAAUUUUUAUCGCAGAAAGAGCAAGAGAAGCUGGUUGCUCAUCUAAGGAGACGCGUGCGCUGCUCCUUUUCUAAUUAAUUAAUUAUGGGAAGCGUGUACGGGUAUCCUAUAUGAAGGAACUUGAACCUAGGGUGCGUCUUUUGAGAGUCUGAAUUUGGCAAGAGCGAUCAAAUAUGGAUAGACAACCCGCUAUUCCUAGUAUUUUGUACCAGGACCCCAUACGCUUAGUCUCUAUAGGCAGGGGACUUAUAUAUGCAUCAGAUUGUGUUAGCUAUACCGAACAUCUGGCCAAGGAGGUAGUGCGGUAGCUAGUUGGGGUUCAUGAAGGAAAUAGGGGAACCGAGUGACCAAUCAUGAUGGUCACGGUAACUCGAUGGUGACACGGAUAUUUGUCUCCCCGCAGUUCGUCCGACAUUGACCCUUGGUGUGGGCCCAAGGGGCGCGCUUACCA